GUGUGAGGGGGGGUCAGGGCCGGAGGAGGGGCUCAGCUCCUUCAGCUCACCUGAAUAAUAACGUCUUUGUAACCCUUGCCUUAUAAAGUCUCACUCAGAUGCUAUCUGCCCUUGCACACCUCAACCUUCGGCACGGAUACACGCAUACACAUAAUCCUAUACCUUCCUCCACCGGUCACUAACCCACCGAACGCCGCCAUGAGAGCCAGGAUGAGAGUGGCGCUGCUGUGUCUGGCAGCAGCUGUUUGUGUGUCAAACGCUCAGACCAACAACAGCCAGCAGCAGCAGCAGCAGCAGCAGCAGCAACAGCAGCAGCAACAGCAACAGCAACAGCAACAGCGCAGCGUCUGGGAUGAGCCCAUCAGAUUCAGCACCAAGACCAAAGACAUGUGCACCAUGGUGGUAUCUGGAGCCGGGGACUAUACUCGCCUGCGUGUCUCCUGCAAAGGUCCCAGCCAGGGCCAGACCCCAGGACGCUCCUACUACUGCGACUUCCAGGGCAAACCCAACCUGUGCCGCGCCUACAACCUCAACCCUCGCCACUACUUCACCCAGAUGAUGUGGGACAUGAGGAAACUGAGCCACGCCUGCCAGGGACCCAAAAUGUACCGCCCGGCAAUGUGCAAGAAAUACCCCGACGAUGCCCAGAUGACCUUCCUGGCUUCCUGGCCCAAGACUACCACCCCCAAGCCCUCCAAGCCCGUCCAGGAGCCACGCAAACCAGUGGUGCCGGCCCAGACCAAGCCCGUCACUACUCCUAAACCCGUCAAGCCCCAGCCUCAGCCCGCCAAGCCUCAGCCAGGCAAGGGCCCCCAGACCAAGAAGACGACCCCCAAGCCUGGGAAGACCACUGCUCGUCCCACAGAGCAUCACGACACCAAAGCAUCUCGCAUGGCCUCCGAGUACUGCUGGAAGAGCUUCCACGGCGUCUGCACCUACUUCAUCAGCUGGUUCCAAAACUGAGGGGUUACUGCAGACACAGGUUGGAAACACCAGCGUCAGAACUCCUCUUCAACCUCUCCAGGAUCUGUGUAGGAGCCUCUGAAGUCUUGUGAGGUCCGACUCCCACCACUGCAUCAUCUUACAGGCUGAGCCAGAAACACUCAUCACCUGUGUGCGGUUAGCGGACGACUGCUUGUGCUGUCAUGUAGUGUACAUGUCUUUUUUUUAAUUUUUAUAAAUCUGUAAAACACACAGCAACAUAAAAGGGAAAAUAUGGCAGGCAUGUUAUUCUGUUUGUAUAUGAUGUAAAGUUCCCUCCUCGUGUCACAUAAAUGUUCCAACAACAUGUGAAGAGAAUAAAGUCAGAGUGGAGACCUCUA